AGCAGCAGCUUCUUCAGCAAUUCCAACCAAUCGAUGACGGUUGGUGGUGGUGGUGGUGGUGGUGGUGGCGCAGGGGAAGCCGACAGUCCUAUUGCCAACGGUUCGAUCAUUAGCAGUAGUAGCGCUGCUAGUAAACCGAAGAAAAGCCCUUCCAAAGAUCUGGAAGGCAUGUACGCAAAGGUGAUGAAGAAGAACAAAUUGUCGAAAGUGCCGUCACAGAAUGCAUCACCUGUACCGUUGCGCAAAGAUGGUACGAUCGAUGAGCAGCAACAUCAACAGCAACUGCAGCAGUUUCUGGCCGAUUCGGCGUCGGAUGCCCUAAGUAACGGUGGUGUCCGAAAGCAACCUAUCUUUGCGAAGAUGUCAACCGUGCAGCACCAGCAUCAUCGCCAUAGUGACCAAUCGGAUGAUCCUGGUUACGAUACGAUCGCUACUGGUGGUAAGCCAGUACAGCAACAACCCCCCCCUCCUGCCGAUUAUGCCAAAAUUCAAAAGCUCAAUCGAAAUGCUCCCUCCAACAGUGUGACUCAAGUUGACUCGGUACCUGGGUACGAAAGUUUACCGGAUGGGCGUGGUAGCAUACGGCCAGAUCCGGGUUAUGAAACGUUGAACCGAUCGCCCCGCACCGAGUCGGAUUCGGAUCCCAAUUACGAAGUGUUACGACCGACCACAGGAUCAUCGACCAAUGUGCUUGCAACGGUAGCGUCGUCAGGGAAAACGUCAAACGAUCCGAACCGUGAUAGUGAUGGGUACAGCAGUAUACGGGAACCCGGUGCUGGCAAUCGGUCCGCCAACGGUGGUACGGCUCGUAAUCGUUUAGACUUCGGUGCUGCCGGGCACGGCGAUGACGAUACGGAUGGAAGUAGUGGUGGUCGUGGUGGUGGUGGUAGCGUGCCUGGUUACAGUAGCAUACGGGAAACGCGAAGAGAUGAAUACGAUCCUGGUUACAGUGUGAUUUCGGAACGGAAGAAACCUCCACCGGGACAUGAUUAUGCUAGCAUUACGGAGGAAGCAAAACGACGGAAACCGAACAUUAACAACAAUCUCGAACCGGUCGAUGAUGAUUCGGACAUUUAUUCGAGCAUUCCGCACACGCUAUCGUCCGGUACGCUAACGCUUCCGUCACCGGGGCUUACGUCGGCAUCCGCUUCGAUGGUAGUCAGCCCGACCGGUAUCUCGUCCCUUGGUGUUGCCGGCACCGGUGGGGAUUCUGGUAGCGGCACUACUAACUACUGCACCAUCCCGGAGCGACCGGGCAGUGGUGGAGUACCGGUGAGUACCGGUCCGAAUCUUUCCUCAUCGCCCGGGUAUUCGAGCAUUUCGGAAACACGCACAACGCCCUCCUCGACGGACGGGGACGGCAGCACCAGCUCACCGGAUCAACCGAUCGGAUACGGAAAGCACAACAACAGCAACAACACCAAUACCACCACCGCUAGUAUCACUACGAACAACAGUCUAAGCCGCCUCUCGAGCAACUACGAGUCGCUGACGGGUAGCGAGUCCGAUCCAAACUACGAAUCGGUCAAGUAUCUCAACGUGAAGGAAAACCCUUACGAACGGUUGCACAAUGAGGCUGGAGGAGGUGGUGGUAUUGUGGUGGCGACCGAUCCCUUACGAAAAUCCGUUACCGUUGAGUCGUUCACGACGGACUCCGAUACGGCUACACCAACACCGAGCACCGUUGGUCCCGGCGAUCCAGCAGCAGCAGCAGCGGUAGUGACUACUAAUGCAUCCACUCCACCCGUCAGCGACUAUUUCCAGGUGUAAGUGUGAAUACUGCAAUACUGGAGAGACACACUCGUAUUGAUUCAACGCGCGUCCAGACGGUAGUAGAUCGUAUAUAUGUUUAAGGACGAAUUCGUUCUAGUAGGUUGUAAUUGAUCUAUUAGAGAAAGAAGGUGUGUAGGUGAACCGUUGAUGAUCCAUAUAGAUAACUCAGUGAAAGACACAAAAGUUGCAAUGCAGCUAGGUCGGCUUUCAUCGAUAGUGACCCAUCGGUGACCGACCGCGAACCCACUCGACUGGCUGGCUGAACGAAGAAGUAGUGGCCUACUAAAGCAAUCCCACCACUAGAUCAUUGUGUAUAAGGAAGAAAAGGCUGUACUUAGAUUUGCUUGCCAGCUCUAGUAGUCACUGGUGUAAAGCGACCGGUACAGUCCGGUUUGUAUGCAGCUCUUGCGCGUGACAACGAAUUCGUCUCUACGUCUCAGCCAAACUGAGACAGCAUAGUUCGUGUGAUAGACGUUUUUGAUGAAUAGAAAACGUGUUUUUUUUUACAAGUCACAGUCCUAGACUUGAUAUUGAGACGAUCGCAAGAUCGUUAGAAUAUCGCUUGUUUGGCGAUAUUUUCGAAACUAUUUUCUUAGUUUGUUUGCUCGCUUUAAAUGUGCAGCUUGCUCGUCGCUUGUGAAAUUGAAAAAAUGCCUUCAAAAGUUUUUGGUUGCUUUAGGAUGGUCAGAGCGUAACAUCCACCCAAAAGCCUGUCUGUAUCGGUCUCUGGAUUAAUCUAAGUAGACCGGGUGUGUGAAUAGAUAUUUUCGAGCUGCAAAUAGUAUUGUAUUUGUGUGUGUUGUGUGCUUGCUAUUGCUUCAAGCUCGUUGCCUUGAGAAGCAUUACUAUUGUGAACGGUAGAAUCCUCCGGAUUUGUAUGUACCUUUAUUUAUUUACCCUUCUCCUGGCCCCAGUGCACCACGUUAAGUAUCGCAGGCAGCCUGUGGUUUUUUUCUUCUGUAGACUAAGAAUAAUUAUUAUUUUGUUAAUAGUCUAAUACCGACAAGUAUUUUGUUUUAUCCGUAUUCCAUCCUUUAAAACCACGGCGAAAUUAGAUGAGGUACCCCUCUGUUGACAGUUAUAUAAUUUUAUUUAUACAGCUUUACUAAUAAUACUUUAUGAUGGACCCCUUCACUGUGUAGGUUUGCACCAUCGUAUCUAACCAACUACCAUUUGAGUUAACUGUUUGAAUAGUUGUGCGCGCCCAUCAACAUAGCCGCAAUGUUGUAACAUUCCCCGAGGGCGAGCUUUGCUACGCCGCAUUCGGCAUCGUGAGGCAAGAGAGCAGUAAAUGGGAAACGAAAAUGAAAACUAGCGUGUAUAGCAGCGAUGCGACAUAGUUUGUAGGUUAAACUAUUGUGUUUUACAAUUGAAUCAAGGGAGAAAGCAAUUUGAAUCUUAUACAAACGAAAGAUCAGAAUGGACGCGUACUGUUUGCUGAGUGAAAUUUAUCUAAAAAAAAUAAGCUGGGAGAUCUUAUUAAAAGAACUACUUACGAGAAACA